AUGGCAGUUUUUCCGUGCAGCCGGGAAGUGAGCAUCAAGGGACUGGCGCUGGUGGCCGAAGCUGCAUGGGACAUCAAGUUCGGCAGGUUCGGGUGGAGACUGGAUCUGAAACAAAAACAUCUUGAUGAUGUCGCCGCAGAGGCAGUUGCCCAAGCCAUCAAGAGACUUCCCCGGCUGGAACGCGUGAACUUGGAGGAAAACGCGAUUGGAGACAGCGGAGCCAAGGCCAUUGAAGCCAUCAUGGAACACCCGACGAUCGCAGUGGUUUCGCUUCGGAACAACAGGAUCGGCGAAAUCGGAGCACAGGUCUUCGCUGAAGUUGAGAAGCAUCCACGUUUUCGGAAGAACCUUCCAGAGAAUGCUCUCAGAGAAGUGGGAGCCCAGGAGGCGGAGGAAGAGCCGCUGGAGGACGAAGAAUGUUCAGUGAAGCAGGAGGAGCAAGAGGAAGAGAUUGCGGGAUGA